UUUACAUAAAAAUAUUUUUCUAAUAGUUUAAAAAAUUAGAUAACAAUAUGGAAAAUAAAAUGGAAACAAAAAAUGCAAUAGAUUCUACCGAAAAAGCGCCUGUUCUUCAAUCAAUUGAAGAACCAUAUUUUCAAGAACGAUAUCCUGGGAAAGUUUGCAUUUUGUGCAAUUUAGGUGAAAGAAGUCAAUUAGGUCAAGGAGAACUUCUUAGAUUAAAAUUAAAUGAACCUGAAAAAAUAGCAAUUUCACAACCUAUCGUUGAAGAAGAAAAUACUUCACAAUUGGUGCAACAAGAAGGUAAAAAUUCUAUUCCUCUUAGUAACAGAAGACAGAAAAUUAUUUGCAAAAUUAAAUCGAAUAAUGAAUAUGUAGAUGAAUUGCAAAAAAUUGGUUACGUUGAACAAAUAGAUUUUUUGUGCCUGCUCGAUUCAAAUAAUUAUUAUUAUAUUCACCGAUUAUGUGCAACAUGGUCAUCUGGUGUGCAAAGAGAAAAAAAUGGAGUUUUGAAAAAAAUUGAAAUAGUGGUAUCACAAAGUCUUCUGAAGAAAUGUUCAUUAUGUAGUCACUUUGGAGCUAGUUUAGUAUGUAAAAUGACGUGCCCGAAAAUAUAUCAUUUUCCAUGUAUAUCUGCUGUUGGAGGUUUACAAAUUAUAAGCAAUUACACAUCAUUUUGCCCUGAACACGUUUAUCAAGCUCCUUUAAUUUAUGAUUCUAUUAGUUGUAGAAUUUGUUCAAGUAGAGGAAAUGUUGCAAAUUAUGUUAUGUGUUCAACAUGCGGUGACUUAUAUCACGGAACAUGUAUAGGAUUACCAAAAUCUCCUGGAGCAAGAGCAGGUUGGCAAUGUAAAUCUUGCAAAAAAUGCCAAAUUUGUCGAUUACCGGAUGCUACAGAAGGUAGAUCGAUAGAUUGUGAACAUUGUCAAAAAAUGUAUCAUGCGAAUUGCCUUCGACCUAUUUUAUCUUCUAUUCCGAAAUACGGAUGGAAAUGUCGAUGUUGCCGAAUUUGUUCUGAUUGUGGAUCGAGGACUCCUGGUGCUGGUGCAUCUUCAAGAUGGCACGCUCAUUAUACGGUUUGUGAUUCAUGUUAUCAACAAAGAAAUAAAGGCUAUUCGUGCCCAAUUUGUCAUAGAGCUUACAGAGCUGCAGCCCAAAAAGAAAUGGUGAAAUGUGCUGUAUGCAAUAAAUAUGUUCAUAGUAGUUGUGAUCAUGAUGCAGAUCUUAAAGCUUAUUUUACAAAAAAAGAAACAUCUCCCGAAUAUCAGUAUAUAUGCCCACCGUGUAAAAGUGCAAUUCAAAGUGGAAAAUAUUCAAAAAAUCGACAACAGUUCGAAGAAGAAAUAUUACCAACAACUCAAGAUAGUAACAAUUUAAUUGAUGAAGCUGAAUUUGAUUCAGUUGAAAAAAGUACGGAUGUGGGAUUGGGUAAAGGAAAACCAUUUGCUGCGAUAAAAAUGGUGAAAAAAAGAAUUGGAUUGGGUAAUACCAGCAGUAGUCGUGGAAAAAAUAAAAACUCGUUUUCAAAAAAACCUAGAAAUUUAGAAAAUUCUAAAAAGCGUGGAACAAGAGGUAAAAUAAGGCAUUUUUAUGGAAUUCCAUAUCGACCUGAACAACAAAUAUUUCCUAACAGCGAUAAAACCUCAGAAACAACUAAAUCUUCAGAGGAGGAGCCUGGUGGUGAUAAUCGGCUGAUUUUGUGUUCUGUUAAAAAUAAAUUUGUUUUUUCUCAAGAUGUAUGCGUAAUGUGUGGUGCUAUCGGUACCGAUCAAGAAGGUUGUUUAAUAGCUUGUGUCCAGUGCGGACAAUGCUACCAUCCAUAUUGUGUUACUGUUAAAGUUACUGCUGUUAUAUUGCAAAAAGGUUGGAGAUGUUUAGAUUGUACAGUGUGCGAAGGAUGUGGUCAGAAAAAUGACGAAUCUCGUUUGUUACUUUGCGACGAAUGUGAUAUAUCUUUUCAUACAUAUUGUAUGGAUCCACCUCUAGAAAGUGUUCCUGCAGGGGUUUGGAAAUGUAAAUGGUGCGCAACAUGCGAAAAAUGUGGUAAAAAUAGCGAAAUGGUUAAAGGAGCUUUAAAAAAACAUAAUGGCAUUGAAUGCGAACCGUGUAUUAGUCGAGAGAUAUGUCCAAUAUGUAGUCAAAACUAUAACAAUCAAGAUUUAAUUAUUAAUUGUUCAGCUUGUGAAAGGUGGUUGCAUUGUUCAUGUGAUCAUAUGUUCAAAGACGAAAGUGAGGUGUAUGAACAAAACGUGUUAACAUAUAAGUGUCCCUUAUGUCGGCCAAAAGAAGAAAUCGUUAAAGUUGAAAAUAUUAAUAAUACUCAAACUGAAACUUCUUCAACGCCCACCCCUCUUCCAAUACAACAACCACAGGCUCCUCCGCCUGAGCCUCCUGAAUCUGUAUAUUCUUUAGCAGGUUGCCAUUUGAUGGAUGGUGUUUAUUUAAGUGAUAAUGGUGCUAGAACAAUAAAGGAAAUGCAAAUUGACACAAUUAAAAAGAAAAGGAGAACAAGAAUGCUGACCAACGACCUGAAUUCGAAAGAUAUUGCUAGUGUUUCGGGUAUGGAAUUAAAAUUACAUGAUGAACAAUCAAAUAUAAACAAUUCUCCAACUUGUGGUGAUCAACAAGGUGUAGAACCAAUGCAAUGUGACAAUCUAAAUCCUAGUUUAAAUGAAAAUUUAUUGUCUGACAAUGGUAGCGUAAAGAAGAAGCGUCAAAGAAAUUUGCAAAAAGUAGGAAUCGGUGGGUUCUCAGUUAAAAAUAGGCAAGUUAGAAAAGAGAUUGGAAUUGAAAAAUCAGAGCUUGAAAGCGGUCCUUCUAAAGGAGAACUAGAUCGUAAAAAAAAAGGUUUAAAGAAACGAGCUAAAAGUAAAAUUCUUGAAAGUUACCCUUCAUAUGUUCAAGAAGCGUUCUUCGGAACAUCUUUAUUAAACACGGAAAAUGGCAUUUUGUUUGAAUCAGACUCAAGUGAUAAUGAAAUUUCCCAAACAAAUUUGUUAACAUUAUUAGCUGCUACACCAGUACCUCAACCGCAACUACAAAAUCAACCUCAAAUACAUAUUCAACCUCAAACACAGGCCCAACUUCAUAACCAAUCGCAACAACAACAGCAACCUCAACUCCAGCCGCAACCUCAGUCAACAAGAGUAUUUGUGCCAGACAAUAGUUUAGAUAAGAAACAAGUAAUAACUGCCGUAACACCUGAACAUAUAAUAAAUGUUACGAAAAAGCUCGAAUUUAAUUCAACGCCAAAUUAUUCAAUUGAAAACCAAACACAAUAUACAAAUGCAACUGGUAUUAUAACCGAUUCAAUAGAUGUUAGAAAUAAAAUAAGUCAGCAAUCAGUGAUGAAUUUCCAAACAAACAUACAACAACAAUCUCCAAAAAUUGAGCCAACUCCUUCGCAAAUUAUUAACUUACUACAGGGAAAUGCUCAAAUGCCAUAUAUAUCAAAUAUAGAAAAACAACAAGUAGUGCAACAGCAACGUCAUACACAGUCACCACAACUUCAACAAAUUCAACAGCAACAACCUCAAAAUGUUCAAAUUCAAAGUGUUCAAACACCAGUGCACAUGAGAAAUUCUCAAAUAGACAUUUCUAAUUUCUCUUUAUCUUCCAAUAAUUCAAAUGAUUCGCUACUAUCACCAACACCCAGCAAUAGCAGCAUUGUAACAAAUGCCAAUGUUCCACCAAACAAAACUGUCGAAUCAAUUAAUAAUGAAAUGUCUUCAACUUUGCCACAAGAAAGAAUGCGCCGAGAUGAAGAAUUAGGCGAAAUGGCAACAAUUUCCGCUGUUUUGUACGCUAAUACCAGGUAUCCUAAAUUAAAAGAAGAAUAUCCAAAUUGGCCUGAAAGGUGUAAACAAAUUUAUAAAUUUUGGCGUUCACUAUCAAAUGAAGCAAAAGCCCCGUUCUUACAAAAAGCUAGGGAUAAUCGAUCUGCUCUAAGAAUGAAGAAAAUUCAGCAGAAUCAUGAUAGAACUAUAUUAAAUCAUAAAGCUCUAAAAGAACAAGAACAAGAAAGAUUGUGGAAAUUGCACCAAUUUAGAGCGAAAGAACAGCAAUAUAGUACUGAACCACCCCAGUUAGUUCAACAACAACAACCACAACAACAGCAACAAGUUCCAAAUAGUACAAUAACACAAGUUACUCAAACAUCACAAAUGUCUCAAGUAGGACAACCAAUUCAACCAGUAACACAAGUACCUCAAGUACAACAAAUUUCACAAAUAUCACAUUUAAACCAAGUACCCACACAAAUUCAACAACAAAUACAACAAGUAAAGCAAAUACAACAAAUGCAACAAGCUCAACAAGUUCAACCUAAUCAACAACUGGUACAACAAGUUAUACAAGUUACACAAAUUCAACAAAUACAGCAGCACCAGCAGCAACAACAGCAGCAGCAACAACAACAACAACAGCAACAACAGCAGCAGCAACAACAACAGCAACAACAGCAGCAACUGCAACAACAACAGUUGCAGCAGCAACAACAAUCACAGCAGCAGCUUCAGCAACAACAAUCGCAACAGCAACUGCAGCAACAACAAUCACAACAGCAAUUACAACAAAAUGCUACACAAAUUGUUAAAGAAGUUCCGGACUCAUCCACAUACCAAAAGGUGCCUUACAUGCAAUUGCAACAGCAAUCUCAAACAACACAACAAAUUCUAAAUGAUCCAAUAAAGAAAACCACAUACAUAACUAAUAGUGAUAUGCUUAAAAGUAAUAAAAUAUUUAACGUUUUGCAACAUCAAGCUGAUCCAAAUAUUAAUUCGAUACGUAAAAUUCCCACGCCAAUCCCCAACGCAAUUGUAUUUCCAAAUACAAAUGAACCAGAAUUAAGCAUUAAAAAAAGUGUCGAUGUUGUGGAAGAGGAUAGUGAUUUCUUUGAAAAUAUCGAUAAUGCUGAUGAUUUAUUAAGUUCAUUAACUAGUGAUUUGGGGGGUGAUUUUAACAUAUUAGAAUAUGCUGAUACAGAUUUUGAUACAUUAAUUGAUCAGGGUAAUCAACAAUUAUUUGAUAAAUUAGAUAUUGAAAGUGAUUUAGAUAAAACAAAAAUGACACAAGAAGUUUUAUCCGAAGAAGAUUUAUUAUUACAAACCAGUUUAGAUCCUUCAAUUUCAACAAAUUUACUAGAUAUUAAAACAAGACUUGACAUUAGUGACAAUCCAAUGAGUUUUUUAAAUAUUAUAACAAAUAAUAAUGUUGGUCAAAUUACACAAAAUAUUUGUCCAUCUGUAACGGUGCCUCCUCCUCCAUAUCCUGGUCCACCGCCGCCUUAUCCGUCGAGCGAAAACAAAAGUUAAAUAAAAUGUUAGUUAGGGAAAUUAAUUGAAAAGUUAUUAGUUAAAAAUUGGAAAAUAAAACAAAAAAAAAAGCAAAAAGUAUAAACAAGCAACAUUACAUUAAAAAACAACAAAGAUGAGAAAAAAAAAUAAUAACAAGAGAAAAAGUUUUCACUUUUUUCAUUUUUAUUUUAUUUUCUUUGCUUAUUUUAAAUAAAUUAUUUACAAAAUCGUUUUAAAUGCAUUAAGAAUUAUAAAAAAAAAAUUUGUUUAUAUAAAACGUCUGAUUUUCUGUUUUUUUGGAAUAAACUUCUUUGAAUUUCUUUUUGAAUAAUAUUUUGAAUAUCUCAUUUAUGAUAUUUGGAAAGCUGUAAGAGAAGCAGAUAUCAGAGGAAGAGCUUAAUAAAUCAAGGAUUUGGUUUCUAUUUUAUUUAUUUUAUUUUUACUUUUUGGUUUACAUGGCUUUGAUUUUUGUUUGUUGUAAAAGAGAAAAAAACCAAAAUUAAGAGUGGACAAGAGUUGGAUUUUAAAAUUAUUAUAGAGGCAAUAAUUCUCGUCAUAAUUUAAUGAUAUAAUUAUUAUUAUACAUGCAAGAAGAGGAUCAAAAUAUAAAAAAAAAUUAUUUUGGUUUUUUUUUGUUUUUGUGAAGUUGGUAUAUACUUGAAGUACAAUUGCAACUUCUGAAAUGUUAUUUUGAACGUUAAUCAAAAAAAGAAAAUAGAAGAAUAUCAUCAAAUAAAUAAAUUUAUUUUGAUAUUACUUACAACAACAUUAUCACUUAAAAUUAAAGAACUCCAGAGACAAUUUUCAAUAAAAUUUUUUUUAUAAAAUUCUUUACAAAAUAUUAACAACAAUUUUAAUAAAGCAAGAAGCGGAUAAAUUAU